AGAGAGAGCGAGAGAGAGGCACGCGGGGGUGAACGGGAUCGGACUCAAUUUUUGACUCUGUGGAUUACAAACUGCACGCGACAUGAUCCUGAUCACUCUCAUCACUUUGCUGUCUCUGUUGGAUGUGUGUGUGUGUGACUCGGAGCUGGGCCCCCCCGGCUGGAGGGAACCUCUGGAUUGCGUCCGAGCGUCUGAGCUGUGCAACCAGAACAGCCAGUGCAGCUCCCGGUACCGGAUCAUGCGUCAGUGCCUCUCCGGAGGGGACAAAGAGCGCAGCGCCAUGCUGGCCUCCAAGGAAUGCCAGGGGGCGCUGGAGGUGCUGCAGGACUCGCCGCUGUACGACUGUCGCUGCAAGAGAGGCAUGAAGAAGGAGCUGCAGUGUCUGCAGAACUACUGGAGCAUCCACAUGGGUCUGACUGAAGGAGAGGAGUUCUACGAGACGUCUCCGUACGAGCCCAUCCACUUCUCUGAGGAGUUCAGACACGCCUCCAUCAUCUCAGAUUCUUCUUUGACGAAGGUGAGCCCCUGCUCCGAGGCAGGGAAACCCUGUAACCCCUGCCUGGAUGCAGCAAAGGCGUGCAACCUCAACGAGACGUGUAAACGUCUGCGCUCUGCCUACAACUCCAUCUGCAGCAAGGCCACGCCCCCUCAGCCCUCCGUGGCCAAUCAGGAGCCGUGCAGCAGGAAACGAUGUCAGAAGGCCCUGCGUCAGUUCUUCGAGCGGGUCUCAUGGGAGCUCAGCUACCCCCUUCUCUUCUGCUCGUGCCCGGACCAGGCGUGCGCAGAACGCCGCCGCCGCACCAUCGUCCCGUCCUGCUCGCACCAGGAGAGGCACAAGUCCUCCUGCCUGGAGCUACGACGGAUCUGUCGCUCAGACGCUCUCUGCAGGUCCCGUCUCGCUGAUUUCCACAUGAACUGCCAGGUGACGCCUCACACGGUCACCAGCUGUCCCCAUGACAACUACCACGGCUGCCUGGUGUCCUACGUUGGCCUGCUUGGCUCUGAUGUAACUCCCAACUACAGCGACAGCAGUCCGUCCAACAUCACCAUCAGCCUGUGGUGUAGCUGCAGGGGAACAGGAAACCAGGAGACCGAGUGUGAGGCUUUCCACCGAGACUUUACUCACAACACCUGUCUCAGAAACGCCAUCCAGUCAUUCGGUUACGGCUCAGAAGGAGGGGUUCACCACGUAACCGAGCCGUCGUCUACCUUCCUCCCCCCCGCCCAGCCUCCAAUCAUCUCUAAACCCGCCCCCUCUCUACACGGCAACGCAAUCAAACCCAUGGACAGUGCGUGCAUGUUCUCCACCUGUGCCAACCUGCAGGUGAGCUUCUGA